AUGGCGACUCUGCCGCCCAACUCUCUGCUUGCCCGAUCCCGGCAACCGCGCGCCGUCCCGUCAGCAAAGGCUUCGGGCGCUUCUGUGACCACCUCUGUAGCUCAGCCGCCCAUUGCUACCUCCAAUGUCAAUCUGUUUCUCACCAAUCUUCGUCUGCUCGACUUUUCUUCCUACCCUGAUUGGCCCGACUUCGACGCCCAAACUUUCACAGUGCAGAAGAAGCGCAUCCAGUGCGUAGAAUGGACGCUUUACCAGCUCUUCGUGCUCUGGGACCCGGAAGAGGCGCGAAAUAAGCUUCAGCCCUUCUUCCCUCCUCGAGACCAUGUCCAAUCCUUGAAUCUGCGUGCGGCCCUCUUACGAAGCCUCGAGCAGGCCAAAAAGACCGGAGUUCUUGGCCGCGAUGCCGUCGUACGCAAGACAAUGUUGGAUGAGUGCAGGGGUGAACGGCUAGAAGAAGUCCUUGCUGUUUUUUCCUCGGCUGUUCUCAAAAAGAUGGUUGCUGAAGUUGCCGAAGCUGAGGGAGAAUUCCCUGCUGUUGCUCAACAACUGGCACUGGAAAACCGUGGAUACAGCGCUGAACGCGCUGAGCUGGUGACACUGGCUCUUGCUCAUAAGGUAUCCAUUAGACAUGCGAUGCGAAGAAAGGAUGAAGCGAGGCAACAAUACCGUGGCCUCGCCGAACUGCUGCAUCUCAAGGAGCAGAACAUUGCGCAUCGGAAAGAGCAGAUCAAGGUUGCACGAGAGCAGUCGAAACAUAAAGACAUUUCGGACGAUGUGAAGCUGGAUACCUGGAGAACGGUCCGCAACAACUGGGCUGGAAACGAACAGUGGAUGGAGACCUUGCUUUACGGCGAUGCAAAUGCGCGAAAAGAUGGCGUAUUGAGUGCACCUUUCGAUCGAGUUUGGAGGCGUCUGCACAACCACCCGCAUUGCAUCGUCAUGUCGUACAACCCGUACGGAGCAGGAAACCCUUAUGGGCCUCCCCCGAGCUAUGGCGGCUUCCCGGGAUCCAACGCCGCGCCCGGCAUGGCUCCUCCACCUGGUCUAGGUUUGGGAUACCAAGCUGCGCCAUCGAGUUCCUACGCUGACCGAUAUUCAGGCCCUCCGCCAGGCAUGUCUUCCGCUCCAGGAAUGGCACCACCUCCCGGUGUCCAGCAAUCCAACAACGCACAAGCUAACCGACAAAGCGGCCUGCCGCCUAACUUCCAAGCUCCCGCGAACCUCCCCAACAUCAACUUCAGCGCACCCGUUAUCCGUCUGGGAACCAUAGGCGCUAAGCCAGGUGCCCCUGAAUCGGGAAGGAAGGACAGCAAUACCCCAAGCGGUGGAAGACAAGGACUUGGUAUGGACCGUGGCUUUGACCAAUCAAGAGCCGCUGCUCGGGAGCACAUGCAAUCGCUCGUCCCUCCGACCAGCGAAGAGAAGUUGCGCACAUUAUUUGUUCACGAGAUUCCAGACGGAGUUGGUGGCGACGAAGGUAUCGAGAGAAUCUUAAAUGCCGUGGGCAAGCUCCGGAGAUGGGAUGCCGCAACAUCAGUUCUGUCUGAUGGAAAAGGCGCCAAAUUUGGCUUUGCUCAAUACGAAGACGCCGACUCCUUUUCUACGGCCGCCGAUCUUUUGCAGGACACCGAAGUUCCUCUCAAACGCCAGAGCCCAGCGGAAGCGCCAUCUGCAGACGACGACAAGUUCGAAGGAGUCGAGAUGGUCAAGCUCCAGGUUACGGUCGACCCUAACUCUCUCAAGUACAUCGAAUCCUACAGAGAGGGUAGAGGUGACGACAGUGGUGCCGAUUCGAGGACUCAGGCUGCGAAAGACGCCCUGCGGCACGUAAUUCGAGACCUCGUUUACCCAAAGACUGCAACAAACAUCGAUGGCGAAGGUGAUGUUGCUAUGGGCAACUCCGGUGAAAACGUCGAGGUUGUCAAUAUUCCUCUUGCUCAAGAUGACGAACUUGCAGACAUUCCCGCGGAGAUGCGGGAGGUUGUGGCCGCAGAGAUCGCCGCGUUCCGAGAGCGUAGCAACAAGCGGGACAUGGAGCGUCUGAAGCGCGAAGAAGAGAUGGAAGAGAUGGAACGAAACCGCAGUGGCCCUUCCCGUCCAUCAAGACUGGACUCACCACCUCCAUCCAACUCGAAUAACAUUCCUGUCGGGCCCCGUGGUGUCCCCAAUGCUCCUUCUGGCCCCAGGGGUCAGAAUGGCACCCGGACAACUUCUUUCGUCAACGGUGGCAUCUCCAACACCGAGUUCUCAAUUAACCGCGAGGACGAGGACACGGACGCUGAUGACGAAGAGCUGUAUCAGCGAGAACUGUCUAAGCAAAAAUCCGAAGACGAAAAGAUGUAUCUCGAAGCCGAGCGCAAGUGGGUCAACAGAGAGCGGUCUAGAGCUGCAGCUCUGGAGCGUGAAAAGGAGCGCGAGCUCCAAGAAGAGGAGAGCUUGGAGAGGCGGGUGCAGGAGCAACUCGAAAGAGAGAAAGCUUGGGAUGACGAGAGAGAAGCGUCUCGGAAGAACCAUCUCUACUACCGUGACCAUGCUGCAUGGGUAAAAAAACGGCAGAUCGAGAGAGCCGACGAACAGGCAAGAGACGAGGCGGAUCGGAAAGCGGAGGAGGACGAGCAACGCAGAGAAGCUGCCGAUAUGGAGAAGGCGCGUGGUAUGGCCGACUCAUUCCUCGAUCAGCAGGCCCAGGAGAUGGAGCAACGCCAGCAAGCUACUGUUUCCGCUCCCGCGCCCUUCAAGUUGUCUCUCGGCGCUGCUGCUCAACGUUCUCAAGCCCAGCGUGCCGCACCGCAGCGGCGCACUGUUGCUGAAGUGGAAGGCCUACUUGACGAUGAAGAGCAAGACAGCACGGCCAAGAGGCAACUGAUUCCCAUCCAGUUCGAACCCACUACUGCGGCGGAUAAGAUGACAGAGGAAGAGAUCAGCAAGGCGGUUCGUGCACUUGCACAGGAGAUCCCUUCGGAGAAGGAGGGAUUGUGGAACUGGGCGGUGCAGUGGGACUACUUGGACGAUGCGAUCAUCCGCGAGAAGCUUCGACCGUUUGUCGAGAAGAAGAUUGUUGAAUAUCUUGGUGUCCAGGAAGAGCUUUUGGUCGAGGUGGUGGAGGAGCACCUACGGAAGCACGCCAAACCUUCAGAUCUGGUCGAAGAGCUUGUCCCAGCUUUGGAUGAUGAGGCGGAGGAUAUGGUCAAGAAGCUGUGGCGUAUGGUCAUCUUCUUCACGGAGAGCGAGAAGCGGGGAUACCCAGCAUAG